CUCCGGUUUCAGGUCUUCGCGGCCCCAUCCCGCCCAAACCUGCUGUCUUCUCAUGCGAUACAUUAAUUGCACUUCCCUUACCAUGCAUUGAUUAGGUUUCUCACCCUACAUAAAAUGCAGCAGCUCCGCGCGUCUCUUGCGCUGCACCACGGCCGCGCCAUCAGCGUGACGCCGCGCCGCAGGGUGUCCCGAAGCGGGCCGGUCGUCCGCCGAUCCGUAAGCAGACAGGAAGCGGUGGCGGAGGCAGCAGCUGCUGAGGAGAAGCUGAGGGCAGCCAACUUCGACCCAGACGCUGCGUCAGUGCUAACGACCGUGUUUCCACUAUGGACCGUGAUUAAUAAAGACAUCGAAGCGGCUGUUAAACCGCUUGCCACCAGGGACGACAUCACGCAGGCGUUCAGCCAUCUGGCCACCAGGGACGACAUCGCGCAGGCGUUCAGCCAGGUGGCCACCAGGGACGACAUCACGCAGGCGUUCAGCCAUCUGGCCACCAGGGACGACAUCGCGCAGGCGUUCAGCCAGGUGGUCACCAGGGACGACAUCACGCAGGCGUUCAGCCAGCUGGUCACGAAGGAGGAUUUCAAGGCGGAGUUGGCCAAGCUGACCACCGAGAUCCGCAAGCUGACCGAUAAGCUGGCGGAGAACGACAACGACAAGCUGGCAGAGGAUGGACAAGGGACCAUGGCCAUCGGCAUGGCCGUUAGCGGUGUGCUCGGCAUGGUCGCCGUGGCGGUGAUCGACGCGCUGCUCACUUAGCUAUUACGGAGCGACCAAACAACUGCAAACAGAGUAUGUGAGGAGCACACAAGAACCAGCACGGAGGGAGGUGUCCUGAAGUAGUUCAGCAGUCGGCGCAGCCAUUGUGCACCAACUAGUUGCACCUGCCGGUUUGGCCUGGUGUUUAAUUUGCUUCCACACAAUUGCAGUGCCAGCAAAUUGCGCAUGCCAAUGCAUUGAUAGGUUAUUGUAUACGCCCUGGAUUGGCAGGGUGAGUGAAAGUGUGCUGGGCUGCGUGCUACUGUACUGAUGAGUGGGUACUUGCGGAAUGUAUUGGCGGCCAUUGUAUGGUUGCAAUAGAAAUCAUGCAGGGGAUACUGUGAAUUAUAUACCAUGUACCAUGUGCAAUGUUUCAGAUGUCCCUGCACUAGCAGGCAUUCAGACAUCCCAGCAUCCCAGCGCUGGCAGGCAUGCCUGAAACAUUGCACAUGGUACAUAAUUCACAGUAUCCCCUUCAUGAUUUCCAUUGUAACCAUACAAUGGCAGCCAAUACAUUUCUCAAGUACCCACUCAUCUGGCGUAUGCUAUAACCUAUAAAUGCUUUGGCAUGCACAAUUUGCUGGCAUUACAACUGUGUGGAUGCAGAUUAACUUGUAACCACAAACAACAACAACAAGAUUAAGAUUAAGCAUCAGGCCAAACCAGCAGGUGCAACAAGUUGGUGCACAAUUGCUGCGCAUGUCAAUGCAUUUAUGGAGUAUAUGCAUAUGUCAUGGAUUGGCAGUGUGAGGAAAAGUGUGCUAGUCUGAGCGCCACUGUACUGAUGACUGGCAGAAAAUCUCCCAAAGAAGCUUCUUGUGGAAGGCUUGUUUAUUUCUUGUUGCCAAAAAAGUGGAAACACUUGCAGUUUGAAGGGGUCUUUCUGAGAAGUGAAGAAGACACUUUGGGGUGUUUCUGUCACUUGUCCGGGCCCAAGGCAAGGGUGACUGAGGUUCACCAGGAUACUCAAGCAGGCAUGGGUGGAGGCUUAGGGGUGGGAGCAACAUCCAGCUGGAACACAGGCUGGGAUGUUGGGGUGGGUUGUCAGGAAAGAGAACAGCGUGUCUGCACACGUUCAGGUGCAAUGUGCUGAAUUGCCGCUGAUGACUGUAACAGGCUUGUUAC